GGGCCAAAUAAUUGUAACUUAAUGCAUGUUCCUACUACUAGCAGUCUACAUUGAACUGCAACGAUCAAGUACUCGCGACUUCGCUGCGAUAGCUGUUGUCUUUUGUGGUGGAUGCCGCGAACUCUCGAUCCUCUCUAUCCGAUCGUAACCACGCUCAGGCUGUAGUUGCUCAGCGGACGCGUUCACAGUGGCGCACACGAUAUAUACGCGAUCUUAUAUAUCACGCACCUUUCACUGCUACUAGACUUAUUGUCAUCUUCCCUUGCAAUCACGAUUUCUGCUUCACUAUGCCUGACUGGACAAUUAUCCCGCCAACCAUCGAGGACCUCGAUCAGAAUUAUUGUCAUCCAAUGAUCGUGAAAUUAUUUCGCAUCAUGAAGACCAUUUACGGGCUUUUGGAUCCGCAAAAUGAACCGUCCGGGAUCCAUGAAGGAAAACAUACCGCCACCUUUGGUUAUGAAAAUUCAGAAACACCAAGCGAAUCCUCUGUACUAUCAAGCCUUUACAUUCAUUUCGGUCUAUCCAGCGAGACCUCUCCACGAUUUGCUAUCAUAUUGCCGUCUAUGCAAAUCGAAGACUUGACACAAGGGUCACGCAUACCUAUCCCGACCGAGCUCAUGCCGACCGUAAUAGACAUACGCGAUUUCGCCGUUGCGAGGUCUCAGUUUACCCCAGAUGACCCAGAGUACGACAUAGACGAACCAGAGAGCUACCCUGCAGGUCAGGUGUGGGAACGAGUUCAAAUGCAGAAGUAUCACGACCUUCUUUUGAAUUCAGGCGUAAUCGAGAGCACAGACCCUCAACACAGUCAUCGAUGUGAUAUUUGUCGAUCAGACCUUCUCCAAUGCAAGGUUUGUCUGAAAGUAAUGUGUCCCUCACGCAACUGCGCCGCAUUUCCUUUGUUUUGCAUGCGCUGGCGGCCAUGUGCCGCAGGAAACCACUGCUGGUACAGUGACAUUUGUAUUGAUUGUGUCGUCGGCGGCACAACCUGUCUAUGCGAGGAAACCUGGACGUGCGAUCUCUGCACAGAAAAAGGCGGCUUCUUUUUACGUUGUCUCCGCUGCGAUAGGCCAUUUUGCGGUGGAUGCUCGUACCUUGUGGGAUGUCGCGGUUGUAAAGCUUCGAACCUCUGUCACGACUGUGCCGAAGAAGCCCCAGAGAGUGUAGCAAAGGAAAACUUCGUGGAACUCGUCGGCCCGUGCGCCAAAUGUAAAUCUCCGGUCUGUAAACCUUGUGCGAUGGCGGCGGCGGCGGGCACGUAUGUUCACAUCGCUGUUGUUAGUUUCUCGACGGGAUGUGAUUGUAUCAAGUUGUAUAAAUAAUGGGCCGACAAGUGGUUGUCAUUGGCUGGGAUUUGUACUUACAGCCUUGAACCAGAAUUGUCGUGAAGAAUACAAGUCAUUUUUGUGUUGGAA